AUGGCUACGCUGCGAGCGUUUAGUCGUAAUAUACCAUAUUUACGCCAACAAUUUUCAGCAUUAUUAGGAAACACAUCGCCUUCAGUUAAAUUUAUUUGUGUUGUAGUAGUAAUAGGUUACAUAUUAUCAUUUUCUGAGGAUGUCAUCAAUGUGCUUAGCGUUACCCCUGGUUAUUUAUUACCUCCCUCAUUUCAAUUAUGGUCUACUUUUACCUUUUGGUUUCUCGAAAUACACUUGUGGGAGGUGAUUAUAGAUGUAAUAACAGUAGGAUUGUGCGGAAAACUGAUCGAACCGUUAUGGGGUCAAAUAGAGAUGAUGAAGUUUUUUAUGCUAACAAAUAUUGGUGUAGCAUUCCUGACGACGUUUUACUACCUGAUGAUAUUUAUGUGGACUCAAGAAACAUCGUAUCUCUUCGAUAUACACGUACACGGACUCGCAGGAUAUUUAGCAGCAGUGAGUGUAGCUGUGAAACAAAUAAUUCCAGACCAUUUAUUGAUAAAAACCCCUUUAGGCAAACUUACAAACCGAUCCCUUCCUCUUCUGAUUCUAAUACUGGCAAUUAUAUUUUGGGCUGUGGGUGCCCUAGAAGGAACUUACCCCUGCAUGUGGGGUAGUGGUACAUUGCUUUCAUGGAUAUAUCUAAGAUUCUGGCAGCGUCACAGUAAUGGUUCCAGAGGUGAUAUGGCUGAUAAUUUCAGUUUUGAUAAUUUCUUCCCCACUGUUCUACAGCCUGUUAUAAGAGGAAUUUUAAGUCCAAUUCAUCGUUGCUUUGUAAGAUUAGGUUUGUGCUCACCUAGUCAGAGAAGAGUUCAUCUAGCACUUAGUCCUCGUGGGGUUACAAUCACUAUGCCAGGUGUUGAACCACAGGACAUGGAGAGAAGGCGGCAAAUUGCGCUUAAAGCCUUGAGUGAAAGGUUAUCCAAAACAUCUGAACAAACACGGCAAAAGAACUUAUCUACAAAAGUUAACAUAGACGCUGUGAGGAAAAUACAGUCCUCUCAUGUGAUUCCCCAAUUUCCAACCGAACCAGAAACUAGUUCAUCACCUGCGGAAGCUACUCUAGUGGACAUUGACACUGAGGCACCACCUACAACCAAGACUUCAUGA